AUGUCAGAUCCUCCUCAUAAAUCCUUCCCCUUGUACGGCCGAGAAGCAGACGCCGGUGCCGUUUUUGUUCUCGAGUCAAAAGGGGAAUGGUGGCACGCGGGUUUUCAUCUGACGACGGCGAUAGUGGGACCGACGAUAUUGGCGUUACCGUUUGUGUUCAGAGGACUUGGAUGGGUUCUGGGGCUUACGUGUUUAACGGUGAUGGGGAUUGUGACGUUUUACGCUUACUUUCUGAUGUCAAAGGUGCUAGAGGAGUGUGAGAAUGCCGGUCGUCGUCAUAUCAGAUUCCGGGAGCUGGCUGCCGAUGUUUUAGGAUCUGGAUGGAUGUUUUAUUUUGUGAUAUUUAUUCAAACAGCCAUCAAUACUGGGGUUGGAAUAGGAGUUAUUUUGCUUGCAUCGCAGAGCAUCCAGAUGAUAAAAUCGUUCAAAACUCUAGCCCCACCUGUUACUGGGAAGAUGGCGAAAGGCCUUAUAAUGUGCUACAGUGUCAUUAUUUUCACUUUCUACUCGGCAGCAUCGUCUGGGUAUUGGGUGUUUGGGAACAAAGCUGAAUCAAAUGUACUGAAGAGCCUACUGCCUGAGAAUGGACAUGCCUUGGCUCCAACUUCACUUAUUGUUCCCGCUGUUGUAUUUCUUCUUCUUCAGCUCUUAGCCAUUGGCUCGGUUUAUGCUCAAGUAGCGUUUGAGAUCAUGGAGAAGAAAUCAGCUGAUGUAAAACAAGGCAAGUUUUCCAAAAGAAACCUGAUCCCUAGGUUAAUUCUUCGGACGCUGUACAUGAUGUUCUGUGGAUUCAUGUCAGCAAUGCUUCCUUUCUUUGGAGACAUAAAUGGAGUUAUAGGAGCUAUUGGGUUUAUUCCCCUAGACUUUGUCCUCCCAAUGCUUCUUUACAAUAUGAGCUUCAAACCUUCCAAAUCUUCCUUGGUCUACUGGAUCAAUAGUAGCAUCAUGGUUGUUUUCACUGGUGUAGGAUUAAUGGGUACAUUCUCGUCAGUAAGGACUUUGACUGUUGAUGCCCAUAAGUUGUCCUUAUAUACAAUUUUAAUGAAAGUUUAAGUUUUUCAUCUA